AGUUGCGCGCUAACCACCGCAUGGUGUGGGACUUUCUCGCGGCGAUUCGAGUCGAUCUUCAUCCUGUGUUGCUCUCCGGUGUAAAUCUAUUUUAAACUCGAAUCUAAGAACCAAUCAUCAUAAUCAAAGUUCCAAUUUGCAAACGUUUGAUGAUUGUUCAGUUUUCGUUCGAAACUGUUCGGUUAAUUAAAACAGUUUUUUCGUAUAUAUUCAAUUGGGAGAAAUAACGGGUGACUGUGCAUGGUCUUCACAUGAUAUGACCCAGUCUCGCGAGGUUUUAGGAAUGAUGGAUGAUCAUCACACGACUACGUUCGGGCGGAAACGAGGAUGCACGGUGUCACCUUGCGGUGGUUUCCUUCUGGGCGCGGCAUUCCUUACGGCCCUGGUAGUGACGGGACUGUUGGUCUAUCAUUUCGCCCCGUGCCUGGAGGAAAAGCUCGUUAAAUCGUGCAAUGAUCUCAGGAAUUCCGUAUUCGAGCCGCGCGGCAUGUUCCCCACGGACUUUUCAGUCAAGAAGAAACUUGACGUCAGAUUGCCCAGAUCGGUGCUACCAGAUAGUUACGAGCUGAGGUUGAUACCGUUUAUAUGGGAGGGAAACUUCACUUACCAUGGCGAGGUGAAGAUUCUUGUGAACGUGACCGAGGACACGAAAAAUGUGACCUUACACGCGGCCAGCAUGGACAUCGACGAAAGUUUCACGAAUAUCAGAGAAUAUUCAGCCACAAGCAAUGCAACCAAAGCGAUCGGAAUAGUCGAGCAGAGGAACGACACUGAGCGGCAGUUUCACGUGAUUAAAACCUCAGACACGUUGAAAGGGGGCAAGCAGUACUUUGUGCAUCUCAAGUUUGUUGGUUAUUUGAACGAUUACUUGCAAGGCUUCUACAGGAGCUCCUACACUGUUGGCAAUGAGAUCAGAUGGAUCGCCACCACUCAAUUUCAAGCGACGGAUGCACGACGCGCUUUUCCUUGCUUCGACGAGCCUGCUUUGAAAGCUCGUUUCCAGAUCAGCAUUGCCAGACCGACGAACAUGACGUCUAUAGCGAAUAUGCCAAGAAAGGGAGAACCGAUGCCAGUGCCAGGAUUACCAUCCUAUGUGUGGGACCAUUACGACCGUUCGGUACCAAUGUCCACCUACCUGGUAGCCUUCAUAGUUUCCGAUUUCAAAAUGUUGAAAUCGGAGUCUGGAAAUUUUCGAGUCUGGGCACGCAAUGAGGCCAUCGAUCAAGCUCACUACAGUUUGAAGAUAGGCCCGAAGAUUCUUGAGUAUUUCGAGAAUUACUUCAAAAUUAAAUUCCCCCUGCCGAAGAUUGAUAACGUAGCUCUUCCUGACUUCGCGGCUGGUGCCAUGGAGAACUGGGGUCUGAUCACUUACAGGGAAACAGCACUGUUAUACCAAGAAGGAGUUUCGACCAGUAACAACAAACACCGAGUGGCCAGCGUAGUUGCUCACGAACUUGCUCAUCAAUGGUUUGGAAACUUGGUAACUCCAAGUUGGUGGACAGACCUUUGGUUGAACGAAGGGUUCGCCAGUUACGUCGAGUACGUCGGCAUGGAUGCAGUGGAACCGGCUUGGAAAGUUUUGGAGCAGUUUGUAGUCCACGAUCUUCAAAUCGUUUUUGGACUGGACGUUUUGGAAUCGUCGCAUCCUAUAUCCAUUAAAGUUGGACAUCCCGAUGAGAUUAGUGAGAUCUUCGACAGGAUAUCAUAUGAAAAAGGUGCUUCCAUAAUCAGAAUGAUGGAUCAUUUCCUUACUACCCAAGUCUUCAAACAAGGAUUAACGAACUACUUAAAUGGAAAAGCUUAUCAAAGCGCGGAACAGGAUGAUCUGUGGGACGCUUUAACGAAGCAAGCACACAAGGACAAAGUUCUAAGUACAAGCGUAACAAUAAAGCAAAUUAUGGACACGUGGACUCUUCAGACUGGAUUCCCGGUGGUCACAAUAAUUCGAAAUUACAAGAAUGGUUCAGCAAUGCUAACGCAGGAACGUUUCCGGCUUGACAAUGGUACUAUAAAAACCACAUCCGAGACUGAGCCGAUGUGGUGGAUACCAAUCACCUAUACAACUGAGAAAUUAUUAGAUUUCAACAAGACCCAGCCAUCCGAAUGGAUAAAAGCCGAGAAAUCGAUUAUUAUGCCGAAAUUGAAUGCUGGUCCGAAUGAAUGGACAAUCUUCAAUGUUCAGGAAACCGGAUACUACAGAGUGAACUACGAUAGGACGAAUUGGCAGAUGAUUAUUAAUCAAUUAAACAAGGAAUCAUUCAGAGAUAUAUCAACGAUCAAUCGAGCACAGCUGAUCGAUGAUGCCUUAAACUUAGCUAGAGCCGGAAGAUUAGAUUAUGCUACCGCCUUGGAUGUCACAUCAUACUUGGCACACGAGACUGAAUAUUUACCCUGGAAGUCUGCUUUCACUGCCAUGCAUUACUUAAAUGACAUGCUGGUCAAGAUGCCUGGUUACGAUAAGUUCCGAGUGUACAUUUUGAAAUUGAUCGACAACGUGUACAAACAAGUCGGUUUCAAGGAUAACCCUGAUGAUCCACAAUUAACAGUGUUAACUCGUAUCAAUGUACUAACAUGGGCAUGUAAUUUUGGUCACGAGGACUGCGUUCAAAAUGCCAGAAGUCAGUUUUAUAAUUGGCGCAAUAUGCCCAAUCCAAAUAGAAAUAAUCCAAUUGCACCCAACUUAAAGUCUGUGGUUUACUGUACUGCCAUUCGGGUUGGCGGGCAAACUGAGUGGAACUUUGCUUGGCAAAUGUACCAGCAGACGAACGUAGGUUCUGAGAAAGAUCUGCUACUGAAUGCACUUGGUUGCGCUCACGAAACAUGGCUUCUCAGUCGAUAUUUGGAAUGGACGGUUACUGAGAACUCGGGUAUCAGGAAACAGGAUGCUAGGCGAGUACUGGGCUCGGUUUCCAAUCACCCUAUUGGACAGUCUUUGGCGUUCAAUUUCUUCAGGAACAAGUGGACCCGUCUCAAAGAAUACUUCGGAUUAUCCCCGAUCACUAUCAACAAUAUCGUGAAGUCAGCUACCAAGGGUAUAAACUCCCAAUACGAACUCAAAGAUCUAUUGCAGUUUACAAAUGAACACAAGGAAGAUUUCAGCACCACUACAAGAACAAUUCAGCAAGUGAUUGAGCAGUCUGAAUUGAAUAUCAGAUGGUUGAAAAAUAACCAUGAUACAAUCAACGACUGGUUAAAACGAAACACUGCGUAAUGAUGAUAAGGGAAUGAAAACGAAUGGGUAGAGACAAAUCAACUAGGUCUAGAAUGAUUCAAGAAAUGGCUGGUUCUAGAAUGAGAUUUUUGACCAUAUUGGAUUUGUUCAGUCGUUGGAGCGUUUUUAGAAAUAUUAUCGAGUCAGCCGUACAUUCGUGUGCAUUCUUAUCGUAUAGGAAACGCAGAACCUAUAGUUCCCUCGGGACCUUAUAUCUAUAUAUACAUCUUUUAAAAGAAGUAUUUAUCUAUAUCGUAAUUUGGACGCCAUUUUUGGCGUCCCUAAAUUCUCGAAAAUUGCAUAUUUGAGCUGUUUAAAGUAGAAAUGGUGUAAAUCAGAAAAGUUAAUUUGUGAAUGACGAAGAAUAAAUUAAAGAUUUUGAAAAAUGCAAUAACAUAAAAUAUUGUCACAACUCUUUUAUAUAAGUCACUUGCAGGCACCAACUUAAGAUGAGAAAAAAAACCAUACGAAAUAUUAAAUUAAAUAUGAUUUCAUAUUGUUAAAUCAAUCUAGCAAAAAAUUGACUUACAUCGCUUUUGCUUCAAAUGGCUGAUUUAUUGUCAGUCAUAGUUACGACAAUUAUUCCAGGUUUGAGAAGUGUCAAUUUCUGAAUGCCGAGUAUUCAACUGUCUUGAAUUAACGAUAUAGGAACAUACGAACGAACUUAUGGACUGACUUAGAACACAAGCUUCCCGCCAGAGGCGAGGCGUCUUGAAACUUUACAAAAAUUAAUAAGUGUUUUUGUAUGUUCUUGUAAAUACGCGCCGAAUAAUCAUAUACCCAGCGUGUCGCAUGAUAAUAGGUUGAGUCUAAUGAAAUGGAAAUUUAAGUAAAACAAUAGAACGAACCAAGCACUUGCAAACAUGUGCCAAAUUUAUCAUACUUCCAAGCACAAUAUUUAGAACUGUAACGAAUGAAUACAAUAUACAUUCGUACGGUCUUGUCCUAGGAUUUUCAACUGGACAGUUUCAAUUAAUUGGAAUCCGCUUAUUACGGGAUACCUCAUAUUAUACAUGUAAUGGAAUAUUUAGAUGUACAGUGAAUAGGAAGGAUGGAUCGAUCUACACUAGUACAUGUUGAAACGCACCGAUAUGAUUUGGGAAAGAUAUUGUAACGAAUCUCUCGAUCGAUCUCGAAUUGUGUCGUUUCAUAAGCAAAUUCUAACUCGUGCAGUGCGGCUCAUUAACUAUUAACACUCUGUUAAGUCUGCAAGUACAGUGACUCAUCUGUUCAUUUAUAUUAUACAAAAUUCAACAAAUGUUUCGUAUUUCCUUGUCUGUAUUACACUUACAUUCCACACUUUUGUAUUACUUAUCUUAAUUAGUUGUAAAUAGUUUGGUAAGCAAAUUAUGUACGUGCGUGUAAAUGAAUUAUUCGGGUUUAGCAGGGCAGUCCAAGGUUGGAACUGUUUGCAUGGUUUAAAAUCCAAUCCAUGUGUCAUUGUUAAUACACAAUUCGAUAGUAAAAGACAGAGAAACGCCUAUUAAUGGCGUUACUUUUUUGGUUAGUGUUUUCGUCUUUCUGGUAAUGGAAACGGAAUAGAGAAAUUCGAUUUAUUCGAUACUUAUUGAAAACUGUGUUGCUGUAUGUACGAUGAUAAAUCUAAACAAAAAGAAUUUGUUCGAAGGAAUGUUGCAUUUCCUAAAAGACCAUAAUGCUUACGUGAUAUUAGGAAUAUCCAAAGAAGCAACAUCAAUUUAACGUAAACCUAACUCAGGGAUGUUCUAUGCACGUUACUAGAUACGAAGAUGAAGAUCUUCACAAAUUUAAAUAAUUGAAAUUAAUUGAUUCGGAAACGCGAGUGUCCAGCUUAGGAAUACUUAAUGCGGGCACUUUGAAUCUCAUUGAGUCUUUAAGUUCGUGAGUCGUCUGUAAUUCAUUAAAUGUUAUGAUCAUGUUGAUCAAUGAUGUUCAGUGUCUCUAUUAUUCAGUAGUCAUUUAGAAAAUAUACUUAUGCAUAAAAUACCACGAUUAUUUGAUGUAAUUGUUAAUUAUCUAUAAAUUAACGUUUAUUUAGUCUUCUAUUACGUGCACAGUUAUACAGUAACAGAUAGGACUGAAGAGAAUCUAUAUUCUAUAAUAAGUGUGUUAAUAUUAUACUAGAGUUAAUGAAAUCUUCGUAUCUUUUAAAUGCUUCCGUUUACAAAGAAGGUUGCGUUAUCAUAAAUUUAUCUUUGGACAUUUCAUCGAACAUUUGUUCUUUAAUUGUUAUAAUAGUUAAACUGAUCGACUGCUAUACGAUACCGGUUUAUUCUACGUUUAUAAUUUAAGCGAAUAGGAUUAUCAGUAAUCAAUGAAAUUUUGUGUCGUCGAAUCCUGUGUGUUCGUCUAGUGUUAUUUAUCAACUUCAAAUUAUGGUUGUACCGAUAUCUUCCAUGAUAAGUUCGAAAUCUUUCCUAAAUUAUUUAUAACUAAAUCUAGUUGAGGAUUGUUCGAUUGUUCGCAAUUAAUCUAUUAAACAUCGUUUAAUGAAUGUAUAUGCGCAAUUCAAUAAUUUUUGUAUAAUAUUUCAUGUUAAAAAAAUAUGCCAAAUAAUUUUAACAAACAA